AUGAUGAAGAAUAACCAGAGUAGCACAUUUGAGUUCAUCCUCCUGGGGCUCCCCAUCCAGCCAGAGGACCAAGGAAUGUACUCUGCCCUGUUUCUGGCCAUGUACCUGACCACAGUGCUGGGGAACCUGCUCAUCAUCCUGCUCAUCAGGCUGGACUCUCACCUCCAUACCCCCAUGUACUUCUUCCUCAGCCACUUGGCCUUCACAGACAUCUCUUUCUCAUCAGUCACAGCUCCAAAGAUGCUCAUGAAUAUGCUGACACACAGUCAGUCCAUCUCAUAUGUUGGGUGUGUUUCCCAGGUAUAUUUUUUCUUACUGUUUGGGUGUGUUGACAACUUCCUUCUGACCUCCAUGGCCUAUGACAGGUACGUGGCCAUCUGUCACCCUCUGCACUACACCACCAUCAUGAGGCAGAGCCUCUGUGUUCUGCUAGUGAUAGUGUCCUGGGUAUUUUCCUCGGCCAAUGGCCUUGUGCACACUCUUCUCUUUGCUCGUCUCUCUCUCUUUCGAGACAAUACUGUUCACCACUUCUUCUGUGAUCUCUCUGCCUUACUUAAGCUGUCCAGUUCAGACACUACCAUCAAUGAACUGGUCAUUCUCACUCUAGCAGUGAUAGUUAUUACUGUGCCAUUUACAUGCAUCCUGAUCUCUUAUAGUCACAUUGGAGCCACCAUCAUGAGAACUCCCUCUAUCAAAGGAAUCUGCAAAGCCUUGUCCACAUGUGGUUCUCAUCUAUGUGUAGUUUCUUUGUACUAUGGAGCCAUUAUUGGGUUAUAUUUUUUUCCCUCCUCCAAUAAUACUAACGAUAAGGAUAUCAGUGUAGCUGUGAUGUAUACUGUGGUCACACCCAUGAUGAAUCCCUUUAUCUACAGCCUGAGGAAUCGGGACAUGAAAGGAGCACUGAGAAAUAUCCUCAGCAGAAGAGUCUGUUCACAGUGA